CGCCUCGGGAGCGAGAGCCUGACCCCAGCGCCCGGCCUUCUAGGCGCCGCCUUUUCUCACGCUGAGGCUGGUCGGGCUCUGGCCCUCUGAUCACCUGCGGGCCCGGCAGCCUGUCCCUCUGCGGGCUACCCCGGAGCGCUGUCAGCCAUGCGGCUUGUCCCUGUAGCCCCGGGUGGGCCCCGCUGGGGCAGUGACCGCCGCCUGCCCGCCUGCAGCCCGGCGCCGCUGCUGCUCCUGCUGCUGAGCGGCUGCCUGGGGGAGCCGAGGCUGGCGGCCGCCUCUCGGAGGCCCAAUGUGGUGCUCGUGCUCACCGACGACCAGGACGAAGCGCUCGGCGGCAUGACACCAUUAAAGAAAACCAAGGCUCUUAUUGGAGAGAUGGGGAUAACUUUCUCCAACGCUUACGUGCCAAGCGCUCUCUGCUGCCCCAGCAGAGCCAGUAUCCUGACGGGAAAGUACCCACAUAACCACCACGUUGUUAACAACACUUUGGAGGGAAACUGCAGCAGCACGUCUUGGCAGAAGACCCAGGAACCAAACACUUUCCCAGCGAUACUGAGGUCCCUGUGUGGUUACCAAACCUUUUUUGCAGGGAAAUACUUAAAUGAGUAUGGGUCCCUGGAUGCAGGUGGUCUAGAACACGUUCCUCUGGGCUGGAGUUACUGGUAUGCUCUGGAAAAGAAUUCUAAGUACUAUAAUUAUACCCUCUCUAUCAAUGGGAAGGCACGGAAGCAUGGCGAAAACUAUAGUGUGGACUACCUGACAGAUGUCCUGGCUAACGUCUCCUUGGACUUCCUGGACUACAAGUCUAACUUCGAGCCAUUCUUCAUGAUGAUCUCUACACCAGCCCCCCAUUCGCCUUGGACAGCUGCACCUCAAUACCAGAAGACUUUCCAGAAUGUCUUUGCGCCAAGAAACAAAAAUUUCAACAUCCAUGGAAUGAACAAGCACUGGUUAAUUAGGCAAGCCAAGACACCUAUGACUAAUUCCUCAAUACAGUAUUUAGAUAACGCAUUUAGGAAAAGGUGGCAAACUCUGCUCUCAGUUGAUGACCUUGUGGAGAAACUGAUCAAGAGACUGGAAUUUACCGGGGAGCUCAACAACACGUACAUCUUCUUUACCUCAGACAAUGGCUAUCACACAGGGCAGUUUUCUUUGCCAAUAGACAAGAGACAGCUGUAUGAGUUUGAUAUCAAAGUUCCACUGCUGGUUCGAGGACCUGGGAUUAAACCAAAUCAGACGAGCAAGAUGCUUGUUGCCAACAUUGACUUGGGUCCUACUAUUUUGGACAUCGCUGGCUAUAAUGUAAACAAGACGCAGAUGGAUGGAAUGUCCUUACUGCCCAUAUUGAGAGGUGGCAGUAAUUUGACUUGGCGAUCAGAUAUUCUGGUGGAAUAUCAAGGAGAAGGUCGCAACGUCACGGACCCAACCUGUCCAUCUCUGAGCCCUGGAGUGUCUCAAUGUUUCCCAGACUGCAUUUGUGAAGAUGCUUAUAACAACACCUAUGCUUGUGUGAGGACAAUGUCAGCACUGUGGAAUUUGCAGUACUGUGAGUUUGAUGACCAGGAGGUGUUUGUAGAGGUGUAUAAUCUGACUGCAGACCCAGACCAGAUCACUAACAUCGCUAAAAGUAUAGACCCAGAGCUUCUGGGAAAGAUGAACUACCGGUUGAUGAUGUUACAGUCCUGUUCUGGGCCAACCUGCAGAACUCCAGGGGUUUUUGACCCCGGAUACAGAUUUGACCCCCGUCUUAUGUUCAGCAAUCAUGGCAGCAUCAGGACCCGAAGGUUCUCGAAGCAUCCUCUGUAGUGGUGGGCUGCACCCUGCACAGCUGGAUCCCUGCACCCUUGGUUCUGGUGCAGUGAGCACAGUAGGUGUCUGCAGGUCAUCUUGGAGAACAUACCUGGAAGCUGUGGACUGGCUCUUUUAAGUCCUGUUUGAAAAGCAACCCAAUCAGCUGACUUCCUUGUAUAACUUGUUAAACUGUGAACUCUGCCCAUGAGUCGGGAGUGACUUUCCUCGGUCUCCUCCUCAGAUAGUACCGAGCCUCCUGAGGUCUUUGUCCUGCCAUUUCCUUUCUGUUCUGGGGCCACAGUUCCUGAUUACUCCCUGUGUGGUCAGAGUCUGAAUUUAUAAAACCAUUCAGGUAAAUGGCAUUACUUCAGGACAAAAAAGAAGGAAAUUUGUGAUAUAGCCCUAUCUAAAAGCAAAGGACUUGCAUAACAUUUCAGACUCUGCACUCACUGUCAAAAUUACUAGCAUCACAUGGCUUGAAGAACAACCAUCAGAGCUGAGUCAUCUGACUAAGAACAAGUUCCAUUGUUUUUACAUAAGUAGAGAUGCAUUGUUUAUAAAAUCUUUAUCACAGUAUGAUAAAUUAAGGCGUCAAAUUCAAAACA